CUUUGUUUCAUAUUAAUUGCUGAUAUGGCAAGAUUUCAUUAGCUUGAGUGACACACUCGUGGAAAGCUUCUUCUUCUUCUUUGAUGGUAUUUACAGAAAAUUAAUUAACUCAUCUGAGGAACAGCGAGAGAACUCCGACUCCGAGGGAAGCAUGGGAGCUCGCAAGAGAGUUGCUACUACAAUUAACACAACCACUGCAACAUCCAUUUCAACAGAUAAAAAAGCCGACCACAAACCUCAAGAAACUAAUGACUCACCAAUUGCAUCUCCCAAAUCAGGCUUUAUUUUCAAGGUCUCUAUUUUGCCAUUGGCCCUUUACUUUUAUUUGCUUUUCUACCACUAUGAGAUUCAUCCUGCCCUUCAAAGAUCAAUCCUAAUCAAUGCUGCCCUUAGCCUUGCCGGCUUCUUCUUGACCGUUAAGUUAAUUCCUGUGGCUUCUCGAUACGUUUUGAGGAGGAAUCUUUUUGGUUUUGAUAUUAACAAGAAGGGUACCCCUCAUGGCAAUGUUAAAGUGCCUGAGUCAUUGGGUAUUGUUGUUGGGAUAGUCUUCCUGGUGUUGGCAAUUGUAUUUCAGUAUUUUAACUUCACAGCAGAUUCCAAUUGGCUUGUUGAGUACAAUGCAGCACUAGCAUCCAUCUGCUUCAUGACUCUACUUGGAUUUGUGGAUGAUGUCCUUGAUGUACCCUGGAGAGUAAAAUUACUCCUGCCAACUAUUGCUGCACUUCCGUUGUUGAUGGCAUAUGCUGGACAUACAACUAUCAUAAUUCCAAAGCCACUUAUCCCAUAUGUUGGGCUUGAGGUGUUGGACUUAGGAUGGAUAUAUAAGCUAUAUAUGGGGCUAUUGGCAGUUUUUUGCACAAAUUCCAUUAACAUCCAUGCUGGCAUAAAUGGUCUUGAAGUUGGGCAAACAGUUGUGAUUGCAUCUGCUAUUUUGAUACAUAACAUAAUGCAAAUUGGAGCAUCUGUGGAUCCUGAGUACCAGCAGGCUCAUGCAUUCUCUCUGUAUCUUGUUCAACCCUUACUAGCCACUUCCAUGGCUUUGCUUUCUUACAAUUGGUAUCCUUCUUCAGUUUUUGUUGGAGAUACUUACACAUACUUUGCCGGGAUGACUAUGGCUGUUGUUGGGAUUUUAGGUCAUUUUAGUGAAACGCUCCUGAUUUUCUUUUUACCUCAAGUUAUAAACUUUCUGUUAUCACUUCCCCAGCUUUUUGGCUUUGUUCAUUGCCCACGACAUCGCCUGCCAAGAUUUGAUCCUCAGACAGGAUUGUUGACUGGAACCAAUGAUGGAACCCUUGUUAAUGUUUAUUUAAGAAUUUUUGGCAGGAAGUCAGAAAGUUUACUUUGUGCUCAUCUUCUUCUUGUUCAGGGUAUUGGAUGCUGCUUCUGUUUCCUCCUGAGAUAUUUGCUUGCUGGCUGGUACAAGUAGAAGGUGGAACUUGAGAAACAAUGUUUAUUUUAGUUUGCUAAUAUGAAAUGUCAGUUCAUGUGUACUCUUUUUCAGUAGAUACCAAUUACAUGCAAUUUUGAUCAGUCUAUGCACUGAUGCCUUUUGAGUUUGAGUUUUAACAGGUUAUGUAAUUUUGGCUUUUUAGGGAAGGAUACUUUGUCAGGAUAGGAUAUAAUUUGUUUUAGUCUAUGUAUUUGGAUGCAAUGAUCGAAAUCAAACUUUCAGGUGACAAUAAAAAUUGAAGGAUACACCAUAA